AAAUUCUCAACUACCACUGUAGCACAUGACCAUCGGUCAUUGAUCAGCUUAUGUACCUCCUUUUCAACCGGUGUGAGCUUCCCGUGCUGAGAGUCUCACACAGAGAGCCACACAGAGAGAGAGAGAGAGAGAGAGAGAGAGAGAGAGAUGAAUAAGCAAUCGGCUGCUGAGCUUCACGUUUUGAUGUUUCCAUAUUUUGCAUUUGGUCACAUAAGCCCAUUUGUUCAGCUAUCUAACAAGCUUUCUCUCCAUGGAGUUAGAGUUUCUUUUCUCUCGGCUCCUGGUAACAUUCCACGCAUCAAAUCCUCUCUUCUUCUCACUCCCAAUGCCCAAAUCAUCCCUAUUCAGCUCCCUCCAGUUGAGGGUCUCCCUCCAGGCCUUGACAGCACUUCAGAAAUGACACCACACAUGGCUGAGCUCCUUAAGAAGGCCUUAGAUCUCAUGCAGCCUCAAAUCAAGACCCUACUAUCUCAACUCAACCCUGAUUUCGUCUUCAUUGAUUUCGCUCAAUAUUGGCUUCCAAAACUUGCCUCAGAACUUGGUAUCAAAACAGUGUGUUUUUCCGUUUUCUCUGCUAUUUCUGGCGCUUUCCUUACUGUUCCUGCCAGGGAUCCUGGAAAUAAAAUUCCCACUGUUGACGAUAUUUCGAAACCCCCAAAUGGAUUUCCUUUGACCUUAGUUACCUCCGUGCAAACAUUUCAGGCUCAAGAUUUUUGGUAUUUAUAUAAGAGCUUUGACGGUGGUCCCAGUGCAUACCAUAGAGUUUGUCAAAGCAUCAGUGGCUGCACUGCCCUGGCCAUUAAAACCUGCAAUGAAAUGGAAGGUCCGUACGUGGAUUUCAUGAAAUCACAACACCAGAAACCGGUUCUCUUAACCGGACCAUUAGUUCCCGAGCCCGCAUCUGGGGUGCUGGAGGAGAAAUGGGCUAAAUGGUUGGGCCAAUUUCCUCUAGGAUCAGUCAUCUUUUGCUCUUUUGGCAGUGAAACAUUCUUGGACGAUAAUCAGAUAGAGCAACUUGCUCUUGGAUUGGAACUCACUGGUUUGCCAUUUAUUCUGGUUCUGAAUUUUCCUGCCGGAGUUGAUACUCAGGCCGAGCUAAACCGGGCUUUGCCGAAAGGGUUCUUGGAGAGGGUGAAGGAUAGAGGGAUUUUGCACUCAGGUUGGGUUCAACAGCCGCUUAUUUUGGCAAACGCUAGUGUGGGCUGCUACUUGUGCCAUUCAGGGUUUAGCUCUUUGAUUGAAGGUUUGAUGAAUGACUGUCAAUUGGUGCUGCUGCCUUUGAAGGGUGACCAAUUCUUGAACUCUAAGGUUUUUGCAGGAGACAUGAAGGCAGGUGUGGAGGUAAAUAGGAGAAAUGAAGAUGGGUAUUUCGGGAAAGAUGACAUUAAUGAAGCAGUGAGAAUUGUAAUGAUGGAAAUAGAGAAAGAUCCAUGCAAGUCUAUUAGAUCAAGUCACAAAAAAUGGAGAGAAUUUUUGUUGAACAGGGACAUUCAGAAUAAGUAUAUUGCAGACAUGGUUGAGAAGUUAAAGGCUCUUGCGUAGGAGUCUUGCUGAGUCUUCAUCGUUGCUUCAAGACUCUAGAGUCCGUGACUGAGCAUUCAGUACUAGUAGUAUUGUUUGAUCUACAAUAAAAGUUGUUUUUAUUUAUUUUGAUGAA